CUAAACAAGAGAGAGCAUUAUUGCAUCUUUUUUUAAACAAAAACCAUCCAAAUAAAAAUAUAUUCCAACUGUGAACUGAAUUGGGAAAUGAAAAAAUUAGACUUGAAUGAGAUUUCACGUAAGAGGAUUAUUGGCUCAGGGGUUUAUCAUCUUAACAGGAUAUUAGUUCCUUCUCGCUACAAAAGAAACAGCUAAUUACCAUUUCUUUUCUUACCAUCAUCUGAAGAACAGAUACUUUUCCCCGCUCUCAUCUUACCACCGCUUGGAUCACAUGCAAGCUAUUUCAAAAACUUCAAAUUGAGAGCCAAAAAUUCACUUAGAUUUUAUUAAAAUUUCCAUUUUAACCAUCUUUCAGGUUCAAGUAACCUUUUAAAACAGCUUUUCCCUGCGUUUUCUCUCAAAUUGCGUCAGUAUUUCAAUUGAUUAAGCAAAAGAUGGUACGGGGAAUUUUGUAAGCAUUUUUUUGUUUGCUAGAGAUUAUUAGGCUUCUUUAAAUGUCAGUUAUUUGAAAAAAAAAAACUGUAGACACUGCGGUUAUCCCACAGCAGGAAAAUCAUCUUCUUUUUGAAGUAGUACUUCAAAUUAUUUUGCUGUACCUUUUUGCUAUAUUAUAUGCUUAUUUGCACCCAAAUCAUGGAUAUCGUUUUUUUCCAAGAGCAGCCUGACGAUUUUCAGAACGAAAUCGGUACAAUUAUCGAAGGAUCAAUUCCAGAAUGGCUGAAAAAUGGAACUUUUUUCAAAAACGGACCCGGGCUUUUCCAGGUGGGCAAUCAUCAACUUAACCAUUUUUUCGAUGGUUACUCCAAAAUUCAGAAAUUUGAAUUUCAGCCUGUUGGAAAAAUUGUUUACAGUUCCAAGUUCUUGGAAACUGAAUCAUAUAAGAAAGCUAUGCGAAACGAUUCGCCUUACUUCUCCGAGUUCGGAACUUCAGUUCGGCCUCGGAACCCGUUUUUCCGACUUCUCUCGCAUUUUCACCCGUUCAUUCUCGGCUACAGCGACAACUGCAACAUCGCGGCUAUCGAUUUCAACGACACAGUUUAUGUCGUCGGAGAGUCAAUGAAACUGUUCAAAAUGAACCCCGCAGCUCAUUUGUUUCUACCCAAAACAUUCGAAGGUUUGGACUUGAAAGAGAACCAAAAAUGCCAACAUUUUAUUGGAACUUGUGCCCAUUGGCAGGUUGAUCGGAGCAGCCAAUCUGGUCUGAAGAUGAGGAACGAUUCUUCCGAAAGUGGGUCGGAACUGAAAAUGUACGGCCUAGCGAUGUGUAAGAAAAUAACACUGGACUCGAUUUUCGAAAAGGCUAAUCAGACGCUUUAUUAUCUUGACGAAAAUGACGAACCCAAAAUUCUGACUGAAAUUCCGAUGGAAACUCACAGAUAUGUGAAUUACAAUCACAGUUUUUCGGUCACACCGAACUUUAUCAUUAUUCUGCGUCAACCAAUUGCGGCUGACAUGCUUAGAAUGUUUAAGAUGGCGUUUAUAGGCUCCAAACGAGGUUUUGCAGAUGCGUUGACAAUACAAACAGACAUGAAACCAAAAAUUAUUGUCAUCUGCAAAACUUCUGGAAACAUUCUGGCGCAGUUUGAGACCACAGAAGUUUUGUUCACAUUGCAUCACGUGAACUGUUAUGAAGAAGUACCAAAUAAGGUAAUUAUUCUCGACUGUGUUUGUUUUACGUCUCUAUACGCAUUGAACAUGUUUUUCCGAGAUGUUCUUAAAACUUAUAGUCCGAGUGAAUCGGUUUUAAACUCCAGAUGCAAACGAUUUGUAAUGGAUAUGAAAAAUGUGAACAAAAAGGAUUCCGAUCCGAUUAUGGGAAAGAAUGUUUCGACCGCCGAUGUUGAGUUUCCAUGCAUUAACGACAUGUUUUAUGGCAAAGAGUAUCAAUACAUGUGGUGCCUAUGUCGACCCUCCGACGAAGUAAGUCGGAAAAUAGUUCAAAGCUACGCGAUCGGCCGAAUCGACACUCGGAAAAGCGAGGAAAACCUCGUGUACUGGUACGAGGAAGGUUCGUGGCCUUCCGAACCCUGUUUCGUGCCUCGGAAUUUGUCGCCAAGUAUUGAGUAUGACAAAAACCGAAGCGAGAGCGACGGAGUCGUGUUGGCGACAAUUCACUGCAACACCGGGCUGUCGUAUCUUCUCGUAUGUGACGCCGAAACUAUGAUGUCAUUGGCGAAAGUUACAUGGCCGAAUGUUACUCCCGGGUUGCUGGUUGGGAUUCACUCGAUGUUCGUGUUUCCGAAUGAAAACAGAGUUGAACGAAAAAGAAAAUUGAUGCUCGCCAAAACCGACACUGUUACUAGUGAUAUUGAUUGACCACUUCUCUGUAACCAAAUCCUUACAAAAAACUACAGUUUGUUUUGUAAGACUCCAUCCAAGAAUCCAAGACACAAAAUAUUAUUUUUGAUUUAUUAAUAAUUUUAUCUAAACAUCGAAUUUCGAGCUUUUGUUCUGAAAAAAAAACUACUUGCAAAUUUCAAAAAAUAAAGCAGGGCUAUUCAAUUUCAAAAAACAAAAAAUCCAAGAACAACGUGCUUUAAACUUUA